UAUCUCAAAGAAUCGACAAAGCACCACGAACGAGAGAUCGCUAGGAAAGAAAGAUCAAAAAAGGCUAAAGAACAAGCAAAACGGCGAAAAGAACGCAAAAAGAGUGGUAAACCCGCCGGCAUACCGCAGACUCUUGAGACUUUGCGCACUCCGGAUGAAACAAUUUUGCCUAAAGAUGAUGCGGAUGUUAUCAAGGAAGAGGAACAUGUAUGCAAAUUUGCCUACUCACUUAUUGUUAGGACGAAUUUACGAAAAUUUACUCAAAUGAAUCACCUGCCCAACGGACCCACCGCCACUUUCCGUGUCUCCAAUGUGACCCCUCGACGUAAAAUCCACGGUCUGAAGAACAGAGGCAUCGAGCCGGGUGUCGUUCCUCACCUUCUCCUCAAUCGCUUCAUGACACGACUUGGACGCCGUGUAGAGCGCAUUUUGGGGGCACUCUUCCCUGCAGCUUCCCGGGGGCCACCGCAGCCUCACUGUCGUACUGUGGUUUUUCACAAUCAGCGUGACUUCAUCUUCUUCCGACACUAUCGAUACCAGCACAAGAAGGAUCGUCUUGGUCAGGAGGAGGAGCCUGAGACCACCAACACCCCUGCGACAGGCCUCAACGAUCGUGUUGUCACGAACGAGGUUGGGCCUCGCUUCACCCUGAAACUGAGGUCCAUCCAAGUGGGCACCUUUGACAGUCAGUUUGGUGACUUCGAGUGGGUACGAAAGUCGGCAGUUACAGGAAAGUCGAGACGGACAUUUGUACUGUAA